GGCGCUGUGCCGGCCAGAGUGCGUACUCGAUCCGUGUGUGGCCGAGGUGAAGCAGAUCGACCGACCGGCCGUCGAGCUGCUCAUCUCGGUCUAUACCAUCACUACCAAUCGAGUCGCUCAGGGUCGGCGCCGGGAGACCAACCAUGGCCAUGGACCAGGCGCCGCUGCUGCUGGUGAAGAAGCCAGCUGCAACGAGCACGGCCGCGGCGGCGGAGAAGGAGGACGCGGCGUCGCCGAGGAGCAUUGCGGAGGCGUGGGAGGCGUUCCUGCACCAGUCGGAGCGCCUGUGGCUCAUCGCGGCGCCCAUCACCUUCAACAUCCUCUGCCUCUACGGCGUCAACUCCGCCACGCAGCUCUUCGCCGGCCGCCUCGGCAACCUCCAGCUCUCCGCCGCCGCCCUCGCCCUCUCCGUCGUCUCCAACUUCUCCUUCGGCUUCCUCCUGGGCAUGGCGAGCGCGCUGGAGACGCUAUGCGGGCAAGCCUACGGCGCGGGCCAAACGGGCACCCUGGGAAUCUACAUGCAGCGCUCAUGGCUGAUCCUCUCCGUCUCCGCCAUCCUCCUGACCCCGCUCUACGUCUUCGCGGGCCAAAUCCUCCGCCUCCUGGGCCAGGACGACCGCAUCGCGGCAGCCGCGGGGGAGUUCACGCUGCUCAUCCUGCCGCAGAUGUUCUCCCUGGCGCUGGCCUUCCCGGCCCAGAAAUUCCUCCAGGCGCAGAGCAAGGUGGCCGCGCUGGCGUGGAUCAGCCUCGCCGCGCUGGCGGCCCACGUGGCGAUGCUGGCGCUCUUCGUGUCCUGGCUCGGCUGGGGCCUCCCCGGCGCCGCCCUGGCCUAUGAUGUCACCUCCUGGGCCAUCGCCGUCGCGCAGCUGGUGUAUGUUGUCAGCUGCUGCGGGGACGACGGCGGCGGCUGGGGUGGAUUGUCGUGGGAGGCGUUCCGGGGGUUGUGGGAGUUCGCUAAGCUUUCUCUGGCGUCGGCUGUCAUGCUUUGCUUGGAGAUCUGGUACAUGAUGGUCCUCGUUGUCCUCACCGGUCGCCUCGACGACGCCGAGAUCGCCGUCGGCUCCGUCUCCAUUUGCAUGAACCUGAACGGGUGGGAAGCGAUGCUGUUCAUCGGCCUGAACGCGGCGAUCAGCGUGCGUGUGUCGAACGAGCUGGGCUCCGGCCGACCAAGGGCCGCCAAGCACGCCGUGGCGGCCGUGAUCGCGCAGUCACUGGUGAUCGGGCUCGUGGCCAUGGCGCUCAUACUGGCCUACCGCAACAGCUUCCCGGUGCUGUUCACGGGGGACGGGGAAAUGCAGGCCGCCGUGGGCAAAGUGGCUUACCUGCUGGCGGUCACCAUGGUGCUCAACAGCGUGCAGCCGGUGAUCUCGGGCGUGGCCAUCGGCGGCGGCUGGCAGGCGCUGGUGGCCUACAUCAACCUGGGCUGCUACUACGCGUUCGGGCUCCCACUGGGCUUCUGCCUCGGGUACCGAGCCGGGCUUGGGCCGCAGGGGAUCUGGGCCGGAAUGCUGUGCGGGACCGCGCUGCAGACGGCGGUCUUGCUGGUGGUCAUCUGGAGCACGGACUGGGAGGCCGAGGCGGCACAGGCGGGUGCACGGAUCAGCGCCUGGGCUGGCGGCGAAAGCAAGCCGGUGAAGAUUCAGGGAGGUGGUGGUGGUGACCUCAAGGAAGAAGCCUUUCGAGUGUGAUUAUGUUAUGUGGAAAUAUGUUCAGAGCUGCUAGCGGCUUCGUUGCAAUCACCAGCGAUCUUUGCUUGCGACUCCCGGUCCCGGAUCUAAGCAUGUGUUCCGUGCUAUGAACAGAAAUUCUUCGCGCGGAGAGUGAUUACAUGGACAGUAUAAUUAAGGGAGACGUGUACUAGAUGCGUGGAAUGCUGAGCUUUCUGAAUUUAUUUUUUCGGUUUUAAUAUUUCUCAGGCGACUAAGAAAUAACUAUUUCUAAGUCGAUGUUGACAACUUUUUUAUUCAACCAUUGAGA